AUGGGGAAAAUGGAGCAUAUUGUUGCUUACAUAACUGGUGCUGCGAAUGGUAUCGGAAAGGCUGUCGCAGAGAAGAUAGUCGGCCACGGUGGCAAAGUGAUACUGGCUGACACGUCGUGCAAGGCAUCUAAAAUGGCAGAAUCAAUGGGUGACAAAGCUGUAUUCGUCUGCGUAGACGUGAGACUGGAACAGGACAUAAAAGAGAGUAUAAAGUGCGCGAAGGAUAAGUUCGGGGGCGUGAACGUGUUGGUGAACUCGGCCGGGAUCCUCGCGCACGAGUACUUAUACGAUUUCAAGGAAAAGAAGCCGCAUUCCGUGGAGAACUUCAAGAACCAGUUCGACGUGAACGUUUGGGGAACGUUCAACGUGACGCGUUUGAUGGUCGGGCUGAUGGCGGAGAACAAGCCGGACGCGAACAACCAGAAGGGAGUCGUUAUCAAUCUCGCUAGUACGAUGGCGUUCGAACCGCCAGGUCACAUGGUCGUCUACGGUAGCACGAAAUCUGCUAUCGUCGGUAUGACAGUGCCGAUGGCCAGAGGACUGGCGUCUCAAGGGAUUCGCGUGGUCUGCGUUUGCCCUGGUUACAUAAAAACCCCCAUGAUAGACGUAAUCGAUCAGGAAGAGAAGAAAAAGAUUAUAAGCAUGAAACUAACGCCGAAGCGAUUAGGUAAAAGCGAAGAGAUAGCCCAUCUGGUCAAAGCGUGCAUCGAGAAUCCGAUAAUAAACGCUGAGAACAUACGGAUAGACAUGGGCUACCGGUUCUGUCAGCAUAUUGUUGCUUACAUAACUGGUGCUGCGAAUGGUAUCGGAAAGGCUGUCGCAGAGAAGAUAGUCGGCCACGGUGGCAAAGUGAUACUGGCUGACACGUCGUGCAAGGCAUCUAAAAUGGCAGAAUCAAUGGGUGACAAAGCUGUAUUCGUCUGCGUAGACGUGAGACUGGAACAGGACAUAAAAGAGAGUAUAAAGUGCGCGAAGGAUAAGUUCGGGGGCGUGAACGUGUUGGUGAACUCGGCCGGGAUCCUCGCGCACGAGUACUUAUACGAUUUCAAGGAAAAGAAGCCGCAUUCCGUGGAGAACUUCAAGAACCAGUUCGACGUGAACGUUUGGGGAACGUUCAACGUGACGCGUUUGAUGGUCGGGCUGAUGGCGGAGAACAAGCCGGACGCGAACAACCAGAAGGGAGUCGUUAUCAAUCUCGCUAGUACGAUGGCGUUCGAACCGCCAGGUCACAUGGUCGUCUACGGUAGCACGAAAUCUGCUAUCGUCGGUAUGACAGUGCCGAUGGCCAGAGGACUGGCGUCUCAAGGGAUUCGCGUGGUCUGCGUUUGCCCUGGUUACAUAAAAACCCCCAUGAUAGACGUAAUCGAUCAGGAAGAGAAGAAAAAGAUUAUAAGCAUGAAACUAACGCCGAAGCGAUUAGGUAAAAGCGAAGAGAUAGCCCAUCUGGUCAAAGCGUGCAUCGAGAAUCCGAUAAUAAACGCUGAGAACAUACGGAUAGACAUGGGCUACCGGUUCUGUCAGGCGGACGAGUUCUGGAAGGACAUGAAAAAGGAUAAGAGCAAGAACAACGUUCUGACUGUCAAUAAGGUCGUGUCGUCGCCAAAUACGAAUGGAUGA